AGGAGGGACCAGAUCAGAAGCUGUGCUUUGCUCUAAGACAGGAAAUCAAUGAGAAAUGAUUAAGAGCAUCUGGUCCCUUUUCUGAGGACUUGUGCAUUUCUGUUAGGCAUUUUAAAGACUGUCUAGUAGAGGUUAUGUGCCUGUAAGCUGUAUGUAACCUGCUUCUGCCACCUGCUUUUCCUGAGGACCCUUUGUGAGGAGGAUGUGGCAGAGUAAAUUGUUUUGGUGGCAGCAGCAGUCUUGUUCCUAGAGGUUGUCAAGAAAACGUGCCAAGGACAGGUUGUGUUGGCUGUUCAUUUUGGCAACAGCACCAUACUCCCAUUCAUAACCUUUCCUGCGUCAGCUCUGAAAUGGAUGGGAACUUGAAGUAAACAAAUUCCAGUUCAGUGUGUCGGACUUCUCCAGGAGGCUAUGAAACUAGGAACUAGUUGUCUUGUGUGGCAUAUUGCCUGUGUAAACUUCAGUGCUUCUGGAUUUUAAUGUCCUAGGAGCUCACUCUUUGAGUGCUUCACAGAGCUGUCUGUAGAGUCAUGCUCCUUCCAACAUAAUUUUUUUCUAACACCACAAAGCUUGUUCUUCAUGCAAUUGCACAAUUCCAAAAGAGUCUCCUUAUUUAGAGUGUUUGGAGCAGAAUUUGCUCACCAUCAGCCCGAGUAGAGUCUUGAACCGUCCCUUAGGUGGGAGAGAGAUUGCUGGUGGUUGAUACCAAUAACAUGCUGCACCAUCUCUGCACUCUCUUGUUUUCUGAGUGUAGUGUCAGAAACAGACCUGUUGAAGCUCUCUUCAGUAGAUUGCAGGCUCUAGAUGCAGAGGGUACAGAGAUCUGCCUAAAGUCAUGUGUCAAGUGCAUAAACUCUGGCAAUGGGCAUGUUUCCAGUAUUUCCUGCUCAGUUAAUAGGUUGCUCAGUCUUCAUUGCAAGAUACAUGGCUGUCCUUUUCUGCAGUGCAGACUUCUGGGUUAUAUUUGGGAGUCAAGUACCUGAAAAUAAGAAUAUAAAAAUGAUGGGGGACAAACUUUUUAGCAGGGCCUGUUGUGGUAGCACAAUGGGUAAUGUUUUUAAACUAAAAGAGGGUGGAUUCAGGCUAGAUGUAAGGAAGAAAUUUUUUACAAUGAGGGUGGUAGCCCAGAGAGGUGAUAGAUGCCCCAUCCCUGGAAAUGUUCAAGGUCAGGUUGGAUGUGGCUCUGGGCAACAUGAUCUAGUUGAAGGUGUCCCUGUUCAUUGCAGGGGGGUUGAACUAGACCUAUAAAGGUCCUUUCCAACCCAAACUAUUCUGUGAUUCUAUUCUGUGAUUCUAUAGCUGAAUUUUAAAUGUGUAUAUGCUUUUCUAUUGGAUUAAUUCUUAAAUGUGACUGUUUAUAAAGCCAUUUGUAACAGCAGUUUUGCAGAAGCCUCUUCCAGAAAUGCAGGGGAGAACCUCCAGGGAAAAAAGGUGCUCAGAUAGCACUAUUCUGCUUGCUGAACUCCACCAAGAAAUGGGACUGAGUCUUGCUGGGAUGGGCUCUUUGGGAUAAGGGGCCCUAGUUCAAGGUCACUAUGCAAAUCUCUCCACCUAAUAGCUUGGUCUAAACACUUUGGAGGAAUUCACUGUGUGGAAUCAGUGAGCUGUUGCUUGUACUAUUGACUAUAUCUGUUCAGUGCAUUGAGAUUGAGGAUGACCAAAUAUGUGACAGCCAUCUGGGUUUGAAUGGGGGCUCAUUCCUUCCCCCAUCUCUUAGUAAAGUAUAAAGUUAAAUAUAUACUAAAUACUGCAAGCAAUCUGGAAUUUGAUACUAAACUUGAACUGAUGAAGGAUAUGGCUUUGGGGAAAUCAGUGUUUUUUCCCAGAAGUCUCGAGCUUUCCUCUGUUUUUGAUCCGCAGAAGUGAAAAGUAUUGUAAUGGAUACUUUUUUCCAAAUGGGUUCAAUGUUAUUCAACUUCUUGAUAUUUAGUCGGUGCUUAGGAAGGUUUUCAUUGUUUCUCCUCUUUCCUCCUCAUAGUCCAGGCUCUUUGCUUGGCUAACAGCUCCGCUAAUUCACUAUCAUCUUACCUGGCUAAGGUAGAUGCCAAUUAAAUCUGCGUUUUUUUGGUUAUACAGCUCUCCUGCUAUUGCUGCUGUGAAAGCAGCAGGAAAGACUGAAGAGCAAAGCGGGAGGGCAGAAAACAUACUCUAUUUUUAGGACAAGAUUGGCUUAUCUUGUAUUUAUACUAGCUAGGGGGAUAAUGUUUCCAGAGACCUCACAUGAGUAAAGGCUGCAUAAGGAUUGAAUUAAUUUUAACUGCCUGGCAGUCAACAAGCAUGGAGCCUGCACAAGAACCAGAGGAGCUGGGACCUCAGACAGAAAUGAUUGCAGACGCAAUUCUUGAGGUUGGAGAGAGACUCUUUCAGGUCAGCCGUAGGGUGCUUUCAGUACACAGUCGUUAUUUUGAAGCCAUGUUUUUUGGGGGAGCGAGAGAGAGCUAUGAACACCACAUAGUGAUCAGAGGGAUUGAUGCAGUGCCUUUUCAGGCACUACUUGAGUUCACUCACACAGCCCAAGUGCUUAUAGGUCAAGAAAAUGUGACCAGCUUACUGGAAACAGCUGAUUUUUUUCAGUUUGACAGGGUGAAACUGUUGUGUGAGAAAUUUCUGGAGAGAGAGCUGCAUGUUUCCAACUGCCUGGGCCUGAUGACCUACUCGCAGCAAUUUGCCUUUAUGGAGCUGUAUGCGUCUGCUAUGAAUGUGGCUCUCACUCACUGGGGGGAUGUGAUGUGCCAGGAAGAAUUUAAGGCACUACCCAAAGAAAUGCUGAUGCAGCUCCUAAAAAGCGAUGACCUCUUCGUUUCGCGAGAAGAUGUGGUUUUUGACAGUAUUAUGAGGUGGAUAAUGGAGGACCCAGCAACGAGAGAAGACGACUUUCUGGAUUUGGUGGGCGAAGUCAGGGUCACUUUCCUGAGUUUGUCCUUCCUUGAUACCUUGGUGAAACGCAGCAAGUACCCUGGAGAGAUGGAUACCUUUUCCAGAAUAAUAAAGAAGUUAGACAGCUGUCCUCCACCCAGCUGGCAAAAUACAGAACUGUGUCCUUAUGCUAGUCGGAGCUAUGACACCUUAUAUGUCCUGGGAGGAAAGCAUGACAAGGAACAGCAAGAAUUAUUUCUCUUUCAACCUAAAACGGGGACCUGGCAGGCUUGUUCUCCACUGCAGCGCAGGAACCUCACCCAAUAUGCAGUGGCAGCAGUAGGGAGCUUCCUUUUUGUGACAGGAGGGUAUUUCCGGGAUGAGUUUGUGUGGUAUAGUGUGGAUUGGGUGCUUAUCUACAAUUGCUUGGACAAUAGCUGGCUGGAAGGGCCUGCCAUGAAGAAGUCCCGCAAUAGCCAUUGUGCAGUAGGAGCAGGGCUCUACCUGUAUGUACUUGGAGGGAACACAGAUGAAGGGAUAAUCCCAGCAGUGGAGCGCAUGGCUUUGAUGGAGUCAGAGUGGGAAAGCAUGAGUCCUAUGGCUCAACCUGUGGAGAGAGGAGAUGCGGUCAGUGUGGGAACCAGGAUCUAUGUGGUCUGUGGUCUGGAUGAAAAUGGACAUGUAUAUGAUGGAGUGCAAAGGCUGAACACAGAGACGGACAGCUGGGAUGUCAUCUCAUUCUCCCCGCUUCCAAGGUAUGACCUCUGCAUCACAUCACUGAAUGGUGCUCUGUACACCAUAGGAGGGGGAGCUUUUCGAUUUGAUGUGGAGACAGAUGAAUGGACCCAGGUGGAUGAGGAAUGCUUGACCCAGAAGUUCUUCAUGGGAUGCAGCACUGUGAAUGGACGAAUUUAUCUCCUUGGACAGAGGAAGGGGAACAGUGCCCUCCCCAUUGUAGUCCUCUUUGAUCCCUACAUUGAUAUGUGCCAGGUCAUAGAUAACAAACUCCCUUGCCCCCUUCCUAUUCAUGGAUGUGUGUCUGUGCGAAGAUUUGAUACAUGGGCAUGAGCAAUGCCAGAUCCAGCUUAUCCAAAAAGUCAUGUGCUUUACAGCUGAUGGGAAUUAGAUUGCAUCAAGUUUGGUCUGUGAAUUUUUUUAAUUUUGAAAAUAGAUCUGUUCCUUCAUAACUUUGUCUUUUUUUUCUACCUGGCAACUGAACUUGAAGCAAAAGCCAGUGAAACCUUUGUGUCUACACAAAGGUUGCAGGUCGUUAUUGGAAAUAGUGGUCAGCAUUGUUAUGGUACAUAAACUCCUCGGGGUUGAUGCUAAAUAAAGGGCUGCUCUGACCUUUAAA